UGUGUAUCCACUUUUAUUCGUCAACUUUGCUCGAUUUUAGCCCGUAGAGUUCGAGAUUUAAAAAAAAAAAAAACAUAUAAGCCGGAGCUGGCCUAUCCGAGACAGCCAUCAUGGACGUAAUGUCAUCAUCCCUGCAGCAGCAGCGCGUCGUGGUGGAGCAGCUGCGUCGCGAGGCUGCCAUCGACCGCCAGACGAUCUCGGAGUCAUGCGCUAAGAUGAUGAAGUACAUCACGGAGCACGAGCAGGAGGACUACCUGCUCACCGGGUUCACCAGCCAGAAGGUGAAUCCCUUCCGCGAGAAGUCGUCCUGCACCGUUCUCUAAGGAGGCGGUGAGGAUGGUCCGCCGUUGCCGAGGAGUCAGCGAUCGCCGGCGGACGUUUAGCUUAUUUUUAGUUUAGCAAGAUGGAUUAGGACGCAAACGUGUGUGGAGUACUACCCCAGUACCAGUAUCAACGCCACCUGGAACAAUAUAUAGUUGUGCAGAAGCCACAAAAGCUACGAUUGUCAUAAGCAAUAUCAUUACAAGAAGUUUGAAUUCCAAUUCUAAUUCCAAUUGCGAGGAAUAUAUAUAUAUAUUUGAAUCGAUAUAUCAAUGUGUACCAGCCACGUUAACAAGUAAUGUCCGAAACCAGAAACACAAACUCAAUGUCAAACCUAAAUCUAUAUCUAAAUCUAAAUCGAAGCAUUUGUUCCAAAGAUAUCAGAGUUGUUUCCUUUCCGAUGAGUAACGCAGUUAAUGUACACGAAUAUCCCAACUAUAACGACAAUUAAUGCGCUGACUAUAGCACCUACUACUCUACCUAACCCGAAAUUCUAUAUAUACAAAACUAUCAACUUAAUCCGACAUACAAAUUUAUCAAUAAACGCAAACUCAGUCGAAACGGAAAUACAUAUGUUAUAUUUUGCCUUCUUAUUUCGAGAAAUAUCUGUUGUAUUUGUUGAAAAUUGAGAAGAUAACGAACGAGGCGAGUGUAAGAAGGAAAAGUUGUAUUGAAAAUAUAAGUAUUUUGAAGCUUAUUAACCACCAGCGGGUGGAACGACACCACAAACAACAAAUGUACGAAAAUAUCUUAUUGAAUUACUUAAAAGCUUUAACACGAAGCAGAAAUGCUACCCACAACAACCAGCUAGUUGAACUUAUCGCAAUAUUUAGUGCGUUUAUUAUCCAGUUUUUCUUAGUCAAAGUAUAUAACGAACGUUGCAAUAAGCGACAAGAGCAUAUAUAAUACCAAAUAACUUCAAAAUGUAAUCAAUAUUUGUCUCUUAGCAUAGUUUCUUCAUUUUAAUUCACUACGGCGUAGCAAGCCGAUAUCCAAUUGAAUGAUAGCAAAAAGUUUCGCAAGACCAAUAACUUAUUUCAUUCCCGUAACAACACAACCAACACACAGAUGUCCUCAGAAACUCGAAAACUGUCCGUUUCUCUAGUUUGGCGAAAAUGCCGAGAAGAAUGUGUGAUUCUUCCUCCUCAAACGCAUCCAUUCUAAUCAUAUAUGUAAACGUGUUGAGCGCAAUUAAUUAAAGUGUUAUUGGCAUGAGAGAAAAGUAACCACACAAGCAAGUUAUUUUUGUACAAACUAACAUGGCAUAGGGCACCUUUGUUCGGUAUUGGAAUGAUAGACGCAAUGAUUAUCCUGUAGGGAGAGCACGCGUAUGAUAUCAGCAUACACCCACCAAGUCGUACAUACACACAUAUUGCAUCCCGAACUUACGAUUCUCGUCCCGCUGAGACGAACUGUCCAAGUCGCCAGCUCAGUGUGGAUGGGAAUGAGGAAGGUAUAGUUUAUUUGAUCGGUUCUUCCAAAAUUGCAUUUAACAAGAGUUUUUGAAUUGGCGGUGAUUUUAGUUCCUAACGUAGCAAAAUUCAGACAACGUUUACUUAGUACCAAGAAUCACACGUUUUUGGAGACGGCAUUUUCUAUUCGGAAACCUAUAUAAAAGGUUUUGAGCUCCAGUUUGCUGUCGUGAGCAAACAGCAAAAUGUGGUCCAAAGCCGCCAUUGCGAAAGGCUUUCAUGGGAGCCGCCCUAUCAAUCGAAACUGCAGUCGGUUACGGGAGUCCUCCCAGUUUCUGCUUAAACAUUCCGCAUUCAACAGUUUUCGAUCCAACGGACACUUUGCAUCCAAACUUUUUAGUUAUCCCUGAAUGUUAUUAGCCCGAGGACAGCCGAACCACCCAAUGGAGCACGGAUGGUUUGGUUUCGUCCUCAGAUGUGUCAUUUUCUAUAACUUAUCCAUAGAGGGUAAAUCGCAUUUGGAAAGGAAGGGCAUUAGAUGCACACGUACUCAAAAUCAAUCAUGGUCAUCGAAUACACUUUAACACCUUUCACUUCAAAUGAAAAGCGACAACGAGAUCGUAUUUUAUUCGAAAAUUAAUACAACUCUUUUGCGAUGCAAACGGGGACGAGUCCUCACAAAUAUUAUUGAAAUGUAUCUGCGAAUAAGCAUUUGAAAUAUUGUACUCAACAAAAUGAAUAAUCGUUUGCUUAAAUUUCAAAAAUAAAAAGCGAUAACUUACUUAGAUUCGUUAUCUAGCGGUGGCACCGGGUUCGGUGCG